AUGCAAUUAACACUCCAACACACCUCAAACUCCCCCAGUCUACCCCUUGUGCUGUCUACUCCAUCUGGAUUUCCAGGAUACAUUCAGGAAGUCGAAGUAAACGCGAGUUGCGCUGCGUUGCCUGCGCGUUUGCGCUGUCUCCGAAUAUGGCAGUCACCAUAUUGGGAAGGCCUAUAUGUACAUGCGUGUCAUCGUCACAGAGAGGUCGGUUACAGGCCUAGUUGGCGCGGGGUAGCCACGCACAAGCACGUAUGGCAGUACCUCCAUCCCAAAUUCGACCUCAAGCUCCAACCCGAAUAUGGUGAGGCGGAUAUAGCCGUCGAUAACGUUCAAGAAGGAUUCAUUGUGUCCGAGGUCAAGUGGAAGUCUCGUUUGGCUAUCACGAUUCCUCGGGCAAAAAUACGAAGCUACUGUUUCCCGUCCCACCCUAUAAGGGCCCAGGUCAAGAACAAAAACGCGCCAUGA